AUUAACAAUAAAAAAUAGACCGACCCUAAAUAUCUAAGCAUGAGACACGUAAGCAGCUUCUGUAUCAUACACAACAAGACAACUUGUGCAAGUAUCAACGCCUCUAUCUAACACCGUUCCUCUCCAGAUUUGAUCAUAAACCUUGCUAUAAAUAAACACACAUAUACAUAUCUAAACUUUACUCACAAAACAUUAAUCGAGCAGACACACAUAUACAUACAUAGUAAUGGGGAAUGUGUUCUGUCUAUUCUGCGGAUGUAUAGGCCAAUCCAACGUUGGUGUGGUUGAGAAAUGGGGACGCUUCGAGAAGCUAGCUCAGCCUGGUCUUAAUUUCUUCAAUCCUUUCGCCGGAGAGUUCAUCGCCGGCGUUCUUUCCACCAGAAUCAACUCCCUUGAUGUCAAAAUCGAGACCAAAACUAAGGACAAUGUUUUUGUGCAAAUGAUUUGCUCAAUUCAGUACCGUGUUAUAAAGGAAAAUGCUGAUGAUGCUUUCUAUGAAUUGCAAAAUCCCGAGGAGCAGAUCCAGGCAUAUGUAUUUGAUGUGGUUCGGGCCCAGGUUCCCAGGAUGACAUUGGAUGAACUUUUUGAGCAGAAAGGUGAUGUUGCUAAAUCUGUCAUGGAGGAACUUGAGAAGGUCAUGGGAGAGUACGGGUACAACAUAGAGCACAUACUGAUGGUUGAUAUCAUUCCUGAUCCCUCUGUGCGUACCGCAAUGAACGAAAUCAAUGCAGCUCAAAGGAUGCAGCUUGCUAGUGUUUAUAAGGGAGAGGCAGAAAAAAUACUUUUAGUUAAAAGGGCGGAAGCUGAGGCAGAGUCCAAGUACCUAGGCGGUGUUGGUGUUGCAAGGCAGAGGCAGGCAAUAACCGAUGGGUUGAGAGAGAACAUAUUAAACUUCUCUCACAAGGUUGAGGGAACCUCUGCUAAGGAGGUCAUGGAUCUUAUCAUGAUCACUCAGUACUUCGACACAAUCAAAGACCUUGGAAAUUCGUCGAAGAAUACAACAGUAUUUCUACCCCAUGGUCCAGGUCAUGUCAGGGACAUCAGUGAUCAGAUUCGCAAUGGUUUGAUGGAAGCUGAAAGCGGCCGUGUCAAUGGCGUUUGAGUUUUGAAUAUACGAAUCUUAUUAAAAACAUAUUUACCUGGUACAGUUUACCUCCAUUCUGUUUAGGGCCUGGUUAGAAAUAAGUUCUUGAAAAGGAACUGUCAAGAUAUAGCGUAUGAGCAUGUGUUCAUAACAUUUCUAUAAUGCUUACACGUGAGAAUGUGAGUUAAGAUUGUAUGUAAAUUCAUUUCCUGCUGUUGUUGGUUGAUAAGGAUUUACGUCAUUUGUAAUACUUUUGGUAACCUUGAUUAAGUUUAUAAACUGUUUCUUGUACUGGCAA